GCCAGCAAGCCGCGCCGUACCUAGAGCGCGGCUGGGAGCCGAGAGCCGGGAUCGGGCCCGGGGAGCGGCGCGGUGCGGGAGCGGCGCGGUGCGGGAGCGGAGCGCGCGAGCUAUGAUGUCGACCUACAAGCGGGCCACGCUGGACGAGGAGGACCUGGUGGACUCGCUGUCCGAGGGUGAAGUGUACCCAAACGGCCUGCAGGGUCUGUCCCUGUGGGACUCAAACAUGCCCACCACCUUCCUACUUUGUGGCAGAGCAGUGAGCAUGGCUGCUUCCUGCUCUUCCCUCCCUGCAGGGCUGAGCUGGGACAGUGUUGAACAGGACCUCAGCCCUGUGGUGGGGUUUGGACCCAGGCAGGUGAACUUCCGCAGCCCCCGGAGUGGCCAGAGGUGCUGGGCUGCGCGGACCCAGGUGGAGAAGCGGCUGGUGGUGCUGGUGGCGCUUCUGGCGGCAGGACUGGUGGCCUGCUUGGCAGCACUGGGCGUUCAAUACCGGACAAGAACCCCUGCGGUGUGCCUAAGUGAGGCCUGCGUCUCAGUGACCAGCUCCAUCUUGAGUUCCAUGGACCCCACGGUGGACCCCUGCCAGGACUUCUUCACCUACGCCUGUGGCGGCUGGAUCAAAGCCAACCCCGUGCCUGAUGGCCACUCACGCUGGGGGACCUUCAGCAACCUCUGGGAACACAACCAAGCCAUCAUCAAGCACCUCCUUGAAAACUCCACGGCCAGCGUGAGCGAGGCAGAAAGGAAGGCCCAAGUAUACUACCGUGCAUGUAUGAAUGAAACCAGGAUCGAGGAGCUCAAGGCCAAGCCCCUGAUGGAGCUGAUUGAGAAGCUAGGGGGCUGGAACAUCACCGGGCCCUGGGACAAAGACAACUUCCAGGACACUCUGCAGGUGGUCACCUCUCGCUACCGCACCUCGCCCUUCUUCUCUGUCUAUGUCAGUGCCGACUCCAAGAAUUCCAACAGCAACGUGAUCCAGGUGGACCAGUCUGGCCUGGGCUUACCCUCAAGGGACUAUUACCUGAACAAAACCGAAAAUGAGAAGGUGCUGACAGGAUACCUGAACUACAUGGUCCAGCUGGGCAAGCUGCUUGGUGGAGGGGACGAAGACACCAUCCGGCCCCAGAUGCAACAGAUCCUGGACUUUGAGACGGCACUGGCCAAUAUCACCAUCCCCCAAGAGAAGCGCCGAGACGAGGAGCUCAUCUACCACAAAGUGACUGCUGCGGAACUGCAGGCCUUGGCGCCCUCCAUCAGCUGGCUGCCCUUUCUCAACACCAUCUUCUACCCUGUGGAGAUCAAUGAGUCCGAGCCCAUUGUUGUCUACGACAAGGAGUACCUGGGGCAGGUGUCCACCCUCAUCAACAACACGGACAAAUGCCUGCUGAACAACUACAUGAUCUGGAACCUGGUACGGAAGACAAGUUCCUUCCUUGAUCAGCGCUUUCAGGAUGCCGACGAGAAGUUCAUGGAAGUCAUGUAUGGGACCAAGAAGACCUGUCUUCCUCGGUGGAAGUUCUGCGUGAGCGACACAGAGAACAACUUGGGCUUCGCCCUGGGCCCCAUGUUUGUCAAAGCGACCUUUGCAGAGGACAGCAAGAGCAUAGCCAGCGAGAUAAUACUAGAGAUUAAGAAGGCGUUUGAGGAAAGCCUGAGCACCCUGAAGUGGAUGGAUGAAGACACUCGGAGAUCAGCCAAGGAAAAGGCGGACGCAAUCUACAACAUGAUAGGCUACCCCAACUUUAUCAUGGACCCCAAGGAGCUCGACAAAGUGUUCAAUGACUACACCGCAGUCCCGGACCUCUACUUUGAGAACGCCAUGCGGUUUUUUAACUUCUCCUGGAGGGUCACUGCCGACCAGCUGAGGAAAGCUCCCAACAGAGACCAGUGGAGCAUGACCCCACCCAUGGUGAAUGCCUACUACUCGCCCACCAAGAAUGAGAUCGUGUUUCCUGCCGGGAUCCUGCAGGCACCGUUCUACACCCGCUCCUCGCCCAAGGCCUUAAACUUCGGUGGCAUUGGUGUUGUCGUGGGCCACGAGCUGACUCAUGCUUUUGAUGAUCAAGGACGGGAGUAUGACAAGGAUGGGAACCUUCGGCCCUGGUGGAAGAACUCGUCCGUGGAGGCUUUCAAGCAGCAGACGGAGUGCAUGGUGGAGCAAUAUGGCAACUACAGUGUGAACGGGGAGCCCGUGAAUGGCCGGCACACGCUGGGGGAGAACAUCGCCGACAACGGGGGGCUCAAGGCGGCCUAUCGGGCCUACCAGAGCUGGGUGACGAAGAAUGGGGCUGAGCAGACAUUGCCCACCCUGGGCCUCACCAAUAACCAGCUCUUCUUCCUGGGCUUUGCGCAGGUCUGGUGCUCUGUCCGCACACCUGAGAGCUCCCACGAAGGCCUCAUCACUGAUCCUCACAGCCCCUCCCGCUUCCGGGUCGUUGGCUCCGUCUCUAACUCCAGGGAGUUCUCAGAACACUUCCACUGCCCACCUGGCUCCCCCAUGAACCCUCAUCACAAGUGUGAGGUCUGGUGAGGGUGGCAGCGCCGUGAGCCAAGACAGGAUGAGCCCCCAGGUGGAGCCUGUCAGGCCACCUUUCCAUCCAGCGUCCAGGGUGUCGCCCCGCCCCCUGGCCGCCCAGGGCCCCCCCUACCCCGCACUGGAGGGUUUCCAGCCGGAACCGAGCCUCUGAUGUGGGUUCUCAACACAAUCCGAGAUUUGAUCCCCUGUGAAGACCGUGUCAUCCCAGGCACAUGUGCGCCAGUUCUCAUGGGCAUUUGGGUGUUAGGCUGGUGGCUUACCGGGCCUGGGCCCCAUAUUGACAAGGGCAGUGGGACACGGACCCCUGCCCACAUCCAGUGCCAGAAACACCACAAAUACCACUGUGUCAAAUGCUUUAAAGAUAUAUUUUUGGGGAAACUAUUUUUUAAACAUUGUGGAAUACACUGGAAAUCUUCAGGGAAAUAAUGCAUUUAAAACACUUUUUUUUUUUAAGGAAAGGAUUGGUAUAUUUAUUAUAUUCUGUUUUUCUAAAUAACCUGUGGAUAAGGGAAGACCCACUGAUUUACCCCUCCCUUCCUCACUCGCUGGGAGGUCGGCUGAGGCAGCCAUCCCCCGCCACUGAGCACGUGCCCACGUCGAGAGCUGGCCCAGUCCUUGGUGUUUGCAGUUUCAGCCUCUGUCAGCUGGUUUGCGGUCACGGGGCGUAAAGAGGAGAGGUGUGGAGGCCAGGAAGGGGCAGAAGCCCCCUCAUGGACACUGCCCCUCACAGCUUGCCUGCCUCCGUCCCCAGAGUCCAACAGUGGGAACCCCAACAAGGACGGUCUGAUCCCCAAAGUCGCAGCAGGAGAUUGAUGGCUGUGGCAGGGGGAGGCCAGCCCGUGGCCGUCAAACCCAGCCCCGGGGCACCCAAGCACCCUAGAGCUGGAUGGCGGGAGCCCCGCGAGGCCUCGCCCUGCGUCAGACGCUCUCUGCCAUGCCGUAGGUAGCCUCUUUCUGUCCCUCUUCUGGCCGCUCCACGUGUGGCCCAGGGGCCAGUUGCCUGUCCGCAGCAACCCUCCCGUCCCAGCGUCUUAGGGGUCUGCCUUGCUGACCCUCUUCCCCAGGGGAAGGAGAAAAGGGAAGGCCAUUCUCCUGUUCUGCAGGGCCCGGAUGCUCCCUCUGGGCUUCGGCCUGAGCUUGGCUCCCAGGACCACGGCCAGCCCCGCCGGCCCGCCCUCCAUCUUUAGUGCCUUAGCUGAGGCUGCAGCCCAGGCUCCACCCCAAGGAGACAGCCCUCCACCAGGUGCCCCUUUGCCUCCUCAGUGAAGCCUUCAAGUGUCCUGACUGUAACGCAAGGCCGUGCCCCCUCCUGCCAGUGUCCACAGAACUGCCCCUCGCAGCAGCCGGGGGGCUCCAGCCCGCAGGCAGGUCCGUGGCGCCACGGCCGGGGUUCUGACGGACCCCGGAACGUGCCCUGAGCCCCAGCCCACCCUCAGCCCCUUCGGCUGAGUCGAGACAAUGCUUGUAGCUAGCUGGACUCCUCACUUGGAGGUGGGUUCAGCCAAGGAGGACUGUGAGGGAAGGGCUCCCCCGCCACGGUCAGUCCGGCCUGUGGUGUCAGGGAACCAGGACUGGUGUCCCUCCCUGAGGCCAGAGCAGCCAGUGCCCGUCGAGGCUCACCAUCCUGGCAGCCCGAGGCCUGGCCGUGCUCCCUCAGCGCGCUCGCCUCGCCCCUGCUGCCAGGACCCCCCCUGCCCAAGAGGCCCAGCCGGAUCCGCCUGAGGCCCCUGGUCCCCGCAAGCAGCGGGCCUGGUAGCUCUUCAGAGGAAAGGUAGGCCAGGAGCCAGAGAAGAAGCCAGAGUCAGGGGCUGCCGCACGCACCUCGCCACACAGAGGUAGGCUUCCCAGCCCUGGCGCCGCCCGGUACCUCCUCCGACGCCCUCCUUCCUUCCCGCCUUCCCCAUAGAAGCUCACAGUCCUCGAGAGUGUCCGUCGGCGCCACAGACCGGAACCUCCCCGCCAGAAUCAAGGGUCCCGGGGCUGAGGGUCCAGCCAGAGGGGGUGCAGACUGCAUUCAGCAGGGGGCCCGGGGAGCGCAGGGCUCCGGCCCAACAGGGAUGGAAGCAAAGGAGGCAAGCCCCCACUGUCCUGCCCUGCCCCUCCGGAGCUGAAAGAAGCCCGAGGGGAUGGGCAGCUCUGAAAGCCGCCCCCCUCAGGCCCAGGGAGCCAUAGGGCUGGCCGCUCCGCGGGUACAUGGACGUGGGGUUUGGAGCUGGGAAUCUAUUUUUUGUAUUAUUAUGUUCUGUGCUACUGUAGUUUGGGCGUGGCACUAUUGUAACUCAAAUAAAGUACUUGUACCGAG